AAUUGCUUUCUAUAUUCAUUUCAGGCUGUUGAUAUGAUAUUUCAUGCACAGACAACUUUCAAUCAUGAACAAGAUACGAUAUAUAAUAGAGAAAUAUCCCGUAACAAGAGGGAUUCUCACGUAUUCUGUGCUCUUUCCUGCAAGCAACACGACCCAGCAGCUUAUGGAUCGCAAGAAGGAGAAAUUAAAUGGGUGGGAGACAUUACGCUUUGGAAUUUUCGGGGCCUUGAUAUUAGCUCCAUCUUUAUAUUGCUGGGUUCGCUUGGCUAACGUGAUAGUCAAGGGGUCUACUCUCAAGCAUGCUGUAAUUAAGGCAUAUAUCGAGCAGUUCACGUGGGCUCCUAUUGCAUACACGGAAUUCUACUUAUGCAUUAAUCUUAUGGAGGGAAAAACUUUAAAUGAAUGUUUACAAGAAUGUCGUACAAAAAUACCCCCAACUUGGAAGAUUGGUUUCUGUGUGUGGCCUGUGAUUCAGACUGUGAACUUCUGGGUUAUACCUCUGAAGCACAGAGUCUCUUUCGUCGGUUUCUUUUCGUACAUAUGGAACACCUUUCUUUCAUAUAUGCAUCACUACAAGGUGGAAGGAAGUGAAAGUAGCAGCUUUGGUGAGACCCAAUAGAUGAGAUUUUACUUAAAGUUUGUUGUGAUGAAAAAUAAUACUUUUAACUAUGUUUUACUGCCAAACUUUUCUCAGGCAGAGGUAAAAAGAAAAUGUAAGAGAUCAUCAUUAACUGAAUUGAGAUUAAUUGCAAAAAGACUGGCAGAAUCUCAAAAUCUACUUUUUUGAGGGAAUUGCAUCAUUUUCAUAAAUACCUGUUAUUUAUUUUAUAAAGUAGAUACAUUGUAUAACAAGCUUCCAGACCAAUCAGGUACAAAAACUAGGGAAUAGAUUGAAUUACAGUGAGGAUAUUUUGUGGGAAGGAUAACUGCAAUGACAGAGACUGUCAGAUAUAUUUUAUUAGAGAAAAAAAGAUUUGUUAAAGUUAUAUUGUGGAUAGAGUUCUGUAUGAGGUAGUCUACCUAUAUUUAUGUAUAAAGUGUUGUAUUAGUCAGGGCCCCCCAAAAUAUAUAUUCUUCCUAGAAAUGUAAGCAAGAGUAAUAUAAACAGAAAUUUUUCCCACUAGUGUCUAGUUCAAUUUAAGGCCCCCUUGUCACUUUAGCUAGGUAAUGGUAGAUUUUUCAUUAGCUUGAUUCAUCUGCUGUUAAGCAAUUUUUUCUUUCUUUUUCAUGCGGUACCUUCUUUUACUUAAAAUUUCUCAGCAAAAGUUAUUUCAUACUUUCAGGCUUUGGUACUGGUUGUCUUCAUUUUAUAAACUUUGUGCAUGUAGAUUUAUAUAGUUACCAGAAUUUUAUUUAAUGCAUAGUUUAAUAGGUAUUAAUUAAAUAUUUUAUUACAGAGUGAAUUACAUAUAUUUUUAAUGAUGUUUAUAAUAUAUUCAAAUCACUAGAUAUAACAGGUGUAGACAGUAUUUAUUGUGAACAUGUAAGUUAUCUAAUGCAAGUUUUGGCAUCCAGUGCCAUCAGGUUAGUGAUUUAUUGUGGGAGUGAUAUUCCUAUAAUUUUGUUCAUAGAUAAUUUAUAGAGUUGUUAUAUGUAAAUAAAUUGGUUGACUGUAGGAAGUACAGCAUUUUAUUAAUAACCAUGAAUUCCUCUCUUAUUUAGUAUGUUUAUUAUCUUUUAGGAAAGUUUCUAUAGAUUGUAAAACUUGCAAAAUUACUGAAGCUCAUAUUUUGGAGACUUCCAUGGGUCCUCGUGUGCUUAGGCAUAAUAGCAACCCUGCAAUACUGCUCCUUUUUUUACCUUUUGAUUUUGUUAUCAUAACAGCUUCUCAUAUGACUAAUUUUUUCAAAUGUUCAAGAGCAAUAUAAACAAAAUGGGAGGUCAGGUUACUUCAAUAGAAAAGGUUUUCUAUAUUUUAGGCAGGUAUAAUUGAAACAAAAAAAUUAUAUUGUUUUUAAACUUUCAUAUUGUUAAUUACACAACAUUACAACUUAAGCUAAUUAAUAUACAGACAUUCAAAUAGACAUAAGGCACGUUUACAUGGCUGUUAUAGAGGAGGAAAAAUAAAUGGGAAUAUAUAUCUGUGAGUCAAGAAAACUGACCAUAUAU